AUGUCACAAGUCCUGUUUCCGUCUUUCAGCUUGGUACUCAACUCUGACCAUGGCUCAACCAUCCUGCGCGACUACGAACGGACACAAAGGCGCGAGCUCUUCGCUCCCAUGCUUGCCCCACUCACUGAUGAGGAGGGCCUCAUGCGCACUCUUGACCUCCGUCCAGCACCAGUAUUUGCAACUGACGAGCGCGACUAUUUCCUUCAGGAGCAAGAUUCUGCCUCAUUGUUCGGCGAUGCUCCCGAGAAAAAGUUCGGCUUCUAUUGGGUAGGUUCUCAUAUGUUUUUGUUCUUGGAAUACAUCGUACUCAUCAAACCGUCUUCAGCGGCACUUCAGGAUGAUAGUCGAGAGAAUCAAGGGUCUGGGAAGGUUGUGAUCCAAUGCCCGGUCUACGGCCCAGCAUUGGAAUUCUUGUCGUCGCCCUUAGGUUGGAAGGAAGGCGCUCACUCAACAGUGGUUGUCACUUUGAGGUAG